CCAGGCUUCCGGGGGGAGGGGCUUAUAAGGAGAAAGGAACAGCCAAUCAGAGGGGAGUCACGUGAGCCGGCUUCGGAGAACAAAGAUGGCGGCCGGCGGGCAAGCGGCGAGGAGCAACCGAGAACUAUGGACCAUUCUGUUGGGCAGGUCAUCUUUUAGAGAAGCCGCUCAGAUUACAGAAGAAUUAAAUCAACACUCCCAGCGGCUACUUGAAGGGCUUUCGUACUACAAGCUACCCAGUGCAAACUCUGCCGCCAAAGUCAAAGCUGACAAGAAUGUCUCUGCUCCGCUGAAAGAACUGGCCCUGAGAGUCAGCAAGUUUUUGAGUUUGGACGAAGAGCAAAGUGUGCAGCUGUUACAGUGUUAUCUGCAAGAGGAUUAUAGAGGGACCAGAGAUUCGGUCAAGACCGUCGUGCAGGACGAAAGGCAAUGCCAGGCUCUGAUACUAAAGUUUGCUGACUACUAUUACGACGAACGGAUCUGCCUUCUUCGCUGCGUCCUCCACCUUCUCACUUAUUUCCAGGAUGAGCGGCACCCGCAUAUGGUCCCGUUUUCGCAGUUUGUGGACAAACUGGAUAAGGAGCUGGUUCCGAACUACAGAAAACAGUUUGAGGAGCUGUGCAGAGCGGAGGCCCCAACGUGGGAGACCCACGGAAGCCUCAUGACGGAGCGGCAAGUCUCCUCCUGGUUCGUGCAGUGCCUGAGGGAGCAGUCCUUCCUGCUGGAGGUCAUCUUCCUGUAUUACGCCUACUUCGAGAUGCCCCCCGAGGACCUGCUGGGUUUUGUCAAGACCUUCAAAGAGCAAGGCUUCGGCUCGCGGCAGACCAACCGGCACCUGAUUGACGAAACCAUGGACCCCUUGGUGGAUCAUAUUGGGUAUUUAAGUGCUCUGAUCGUCGUGGAAGGCAUGGAGAUGGAUUCUCUGCAUGAGCAUUUGCUGGACGGCAUGAAAGACGGGCACAAGUUUUCAGUCAGCGGGCAGAUCCGGCAGGAGAUGGACAGCCUGCUGCUGACCCUGGGGGACGUCCCCCACCACGCCCCCAUCCUCCUGGCCUGGGCCUUGCUCCGCCACACGCUCAGCCCCGAAGAGGCGCCCGGGGUCAUCCGCCGCCUGGGAAGUGCCGCCAUCCAGCUCAAUGUCUUCCAGUACCUGACCAAGCUGCUGCGCUCCAUCAGUGGCGAAGGCAACUGCAUCUCCAGCACCGUCUCCUUGUGCAUUUACAGCCUGCUCUCCUUUGCCCUGACCUCCCUGGAGCUGCACACGUUGGGCAACCAGCAGGACAUCAUCGACACGGCGUGCGAAGUCCUGUCUUCCCCAAGCAUCCCUCCACUCUUCUGGAAGACGGAGCCGACCACAGGGCUGGGCAUUAUCCUGGACAGCGUUUGUGGGAUGUUUCCUCACCUCCUUUCUCCGCUGCUGCAACUCCUCACCGCAUUGGUUUCAGACAAAUCCACAGCAAAAAAGGUUUACACCUUCUUGGACAAGAUGUCUUUCUACAUCGAGCUGCACAAGCACAAGCCGCCCGACGUGAUCUCGCACGAGGACGGGACCCUGUGGCGGAUGCAGCGCCCCAAGCUGCUCUACCCCCUGGGGCUGGGCCAGACCAACCUGAGGAUCCCGCAAGGAACGGUGGGGCAAGUGAUGCUGGACGACCGGGCCUUUCUGGUCCGCUGGGAGUAUUCCUACAGCAGCUGGACACUCUUCACCUGCGAGAUUGAGAUGCUCCUGCACGUUGUCUCCACGGCUGACGUCUUGCAGCACUGCCAGCGGGUCAAGCCCAUCAUCGACCUGGUCCACAAAGUCAUCAGCACCGACGUCUCCGUGGCCGACUACCUCCUUCCGAUCACCUCCCGGAUCUAUAUGCUGCUGCAAAGGCUGACCACUGUGAUCUCUCCCCCGCUGGACGUCAUCGCUUCCUGCGUCAACUGCCUGACGGUCUUGGCUUCCCGGAUGCCGGCAAAAGUUUGGACCGACCUUCAUCACACGGGGUUUCUGCCUUUCGUCGCGAAUCCGGUCUCCACCAUAAGCCACAUGAUCAGCGCGGAGGGAAUGAAUGCCGGCGCAUACGGAAACCUCCUGAUGAACAUGGAGCAGCCGCAGGGCGAAUACGGCGUGACCAUUGCCUUCCUAAAGCUCCUCACGACCCUCGUCCGGGGGCAGCUGGGAAGCACCCAGAGCCAGGGCCUGGUGCCGUGUGUCGUCUUCGUCCUGAAGGAGAUGCUGCCCAACUAUCACAAGUGGCGCUACAACUCCCGCGGAGCCAGGGAGCGGAUCGGAAGCCACAUUCUGCAGCUGAUCCAUGCCAUCUUGAACCUGAGCCCCGAAAUGGAUCAGCAGAGCAGCAGUGCCCCCAGCCUCCAGGCCCUGUGCAUCUUCAGCCUGGCCAACACCGAAGCCGGGCAGGCGGUCAUCAACAUCAUGGGCAUCGGAGUGGACGCCAUUGACUCUGUCAUGGCUGCCCAGGGAGGCAGUGGGCAGGGUCAGGGCCAGGGCCAGCUGCUGAUCCAGACGGUGAAGCUUGCCGCCUCUGUGACCAACAACGUCAUCCGGCUCAAGGCCCCCUCCAGCGUGGUCUCGCCCCUGGAGCAGGCCCUCACGCAGCACGGUGCCCACCGCAGCAACCUGAUCGCCGUCUUGGCCAAAUACAUCUACCACAAGCACGACCCGGCCUUGCCGCGCCUAGCCAUCCAGCUCCUCAAGCGCCUCUCCACCGUGGCCCCGAUGUCGGUGUACGCGUGCCUGGGCAACGACGCGGCCGCCAUCCGGGACGCCUUCCUGACGCGUUUGCAGAGCCGGGCGGAGGACAUGCGCAUCAAGGUCAUGAUCCUGGAGUUCCUGACCGUGGCGGUGGAGACGCAGCCGGGCCUCAUUGAGCUCUUCCUCAACCUGGAAGUCACCGACGGCAGCCAGGGAUCCAAGGAAUUCCGCCUGGGGAAGUGGAGCUGCCUGCACGUGGUCCUGGAGCUGAUCGACUCCAAGCACCACCACGAGCACUGGUGCCCCCCGCUGCUCCAGCGCGCCACCGUGGCCUUCCUCCACGCCCUGUGGCAGGACCGCCGGGACAGCGCCAUGCUGGUCCUCCGCACCAAGCCCAAAUUUUGGGAAAACCUGACCAACCCGCUCUUUGGGACCCUGCCUUCGCCUUCGGAGAUGUCCGAGCUCAGCGUCCUGGACAUGUGCGCCUUGAUCAUGAAAAUCAUUUGCCUGGAGAUCUACUGCGUAGUCAAGGGUUCCCUGGACCGGUCCCUGAAGGAGGCUCUGGGGCGUUUCUGCGCGGAGGGCCGCUUUGCCUACUGGUCGGGGUACGUGAAGGCCCUGGCGUCCCACGUGGCCGAGACCGAAGGCCUGGGCUUUGCCUCCGUGGCCGAGUACCAGAUGCUCAUCUCCGCCUGGCGCAUGAUGCUCAUCGUCUCCGCCAGCCACGCUGACCUGAUGCACUUGUCUGACUCAGAGGUCCAGCAACUGUUUCUCGAUGUCUUAACCGGAACCAAGGCCUUGCUCCUGGUCCCGACGUCGGUGUGCUGCCUGCAGCUGGGCUCCAUGCUCUGCACCCUCCUCUUGAUCCUCCUGCGACAGUGGAAGAGCGCCUUGGGCCCCGUGGACAAGAUCGUGGCUUCCUUGACGCAGAUCCUGGACGGCGUCCUCCAGGCCGACCCCGCCAUGAUGGAGAAGACCAAGGCCAAAGUCUUCUCGGCCCUGGUCACCCUCCUCCAGGUCCAGGAGAUGAGAGUGAGCGAGAUCCCUCAGUAUCCGCAGCUGGUGCUGAGCGUGUGUGAGACGCUGCAGGAGGAGUUCCUGGCCCUCUUUGACCACACGCGCCACGGCCUCAGCGCCUCCAGAGAGCCCGCCCUCGAAGACAAGGACAGCAUGGAAACCGAUGACGCCUCCCGCCACAAGCAGAAGGACCAGCGCGACGGGGUGUGUGUGCUGGGCCUGCACCUGGCCAAAGAGCUGUGUGCGGCGGACGAGGAGGGCGAGGCGUGGCUGCAGGCCUCCCGGCGGGUCCCGCUCCUGCCCACCCUCUUCACCACCUUGGAGCUCAGCCUCCGCCUCAAGCAGAACCUCCACUUCACCGAAGCCGCCUUGCACCUCCUGCUCACCUUGGCCCGGACCCAGCAGGGGGCCGUGGCCGUGGCCGGAGCGGGCCUCAUGCAGAGCCUCUGCCUUCCCCUCCUGAGCGUCUACCAGCUGAGCAGCAACGGGGCCGGGCAGGUGCCCCCGUCCUCUCGGAAGUCCCAGGACGCCCCUUCGUGGCCGGGCGUCUACCGCCUUUCCGUCUCCUUGAUGGAGCGCCUUCUGAAGACGCUGCGCUACAACUUCCUCACCGAUGCCUUGGACUUUGUGGGCGUCCAUCAGGAGCGCAUCCUCCAGUGCCUGAACGCCGUCCGGACGGUGCCGAGCCUGGCCUGCCUGGAAGAGGCUGACCACACCGUGGGAUUCCUCCUCCAGCUUUCCAACUUCACCAAGGAAUGGCACUUCCACCUGCCCCAGCUCCUUAGGGAUGUCCAGGUGAACCUGUGCUACCUGUGCCAGGCCUGCACGUCACUGCUCCACAGCCGCAAAAUGCUGCAGCACUACUUGCAGGCCAAGAACGGGGAGUCGCUCCCCCCGCCACUCCCGGCUGUUCCCCGCCCCCCGCCGCGCCCCCCGCAACCGCCGCCCCCCGCCUUGGCCAAGGCCCCCAGCCCCGAAGCAGAGGCCGCCGAGCAGCGCUCCCUGCGCACCGUCCAGUACGGCCUCCUGAAGAUCCUCAGCAAGUCCCUGGCCGCCCUGAGACACUUCACCCCGGACAUCUGCCAGAUCCUCCUCGAUCAGUCUCUGGACCUUGCAGAAUACAACGUCCUCUUCCUGCUGAGCUUCACGACCCCGGCCUUCGAUUCCGAGGUGGCCCCUUCCUUUGGGACGUUGUUGGCCACCGUCAACGUGGCCCUUAACAUGCUGGGAGAGCUGGACAAGAAGAAGGAUUCUCUUGUGCUGCCUGACGGACAGGAAGGGAACAAGACCCUCAAGUCUCUGCUGAUGUUUACAAUGGAGAACUGUUUCUACCUGCUCAUCUCUCAGGCUGUUCGGUACCUGAAAGACCCAGCCGUUCACCCGAGGGACAAGCAGCGCAUGAAGCAGGAGCUGAGCUCGGAGCUGAGCACCCUCCUCUCCAGCCUCUCCCGCUACUUCCGCCGGGGGGGCCCGUCCUCCCCGUCCUCGGGGCCCCCCCUCCCCCCGGCGCAGGCCAAGCCCCCCUCCAAAUCGGGUCCGGAGGCGCAGGAGCCCCUCUUCCAGCUGGUCCAGGCCUUCGUCCGACACGUCCAGAGAUGAGCUUCCUUUCCGGGAGGAGCACCCCUUGCCGCUUCCGCCCUGGGGGUCCCGGGCCUGGACGCCUCCUGACCAAGACCCUGCCGAGAGGCCGACUUCCUCUUCUGGACGAGGCUCCUCCUUCCGCCUCUUCCUCCAAAAGACUCCGCCGUUGUUUUCUAGAAACGCCAGGCUUUCCGUCGCUUCCUUUUUUUUGUACGACUCGUUCCCUAUUUAUACUGAUUAAAAACACACACACAUA